AUGGGGCAAGAGCGCAAGCCAUAUGUAUCAUUGGAAACAUUUCUUCAGCAUAUCGGAUACUUGGAAAAUGGCCUUGCACAACUGCGUUCUUCAACCUUGUACAAAGGCUAUAAAGCCAAGCUUGCUGCUCGCGAGACGGCACGCCAACGCCUUGUGGUGACUGCGUGGGAAAUUGAAGAAUCAGAGCGCUUCACUGCAUUCCUUGAUGCCCUGCAUAGCGAGAAUGAAGAACGACUUGGAUUUGCAGACGAGGAGUUGCAGAACUUUAGGAGGAUUUUUUCUGAGCGUGACCGCACAGAAGUUGACGAUGAUAGAGAUUACCUUCAAGCCAUCUAUGAAGAUGAAUGCGAAAUCCUUCGUGUUACCUCAGCCCAAGCUGAACAGAUCUCAAAGAUCUUAGGUUCACGAACCAAAGACGCAUUCUUACAAUCCGGACCUGCGGACUCGCAAUCCCGGUUCCCCAGUCUUGAGAUUCAUGACGAUGAUGAUAUUGUUCUAGACGAUUCUUCGGACCUGGAUUCCGAAGAAGAGUGUCUUGGGGCACCGGUGGGGGCUGGUGAAGCGUCUGAUGAUGUGACUAGUAGUACCACCAUCUGCAUGCCCUUCCAAUCGCGUAGAAUGCUAUGCGGAUAUUUACCUGUACCCUGCGCCCUUAUUGCGCCCUUACUACUGGAGUCCUCCCUGCGUAUGCCUGUAAAACGUGCUAAAGGUAAAACAACGAUACCAAAACCCACUUGCGGGUCUGGUCUGAAUCCCUCACACGUCCCAGCGGACACUCAGAUGUGUCUCAGCGACGAACAACCCCAUGAACCAAUGGCAAACGUUUUCAAUCCACACGACGGGUUCAGCUCAAGCACUCGUUACGACAACUACAAUUCCUUCAGUGCACAUGCUCCCAGUGGUUAUGUGCCGUCGUUCCACCCUGCUCACACCUAUGACACUCACACAGGUCCGUCAGGCGCUCACGUUGCAUCAUCAAGUACUCGCCCUCAGGCUGAUGCAUCUUUAAGCGCUCCCGCUGAGUCAUCGAGCGCUCAUACUAAUCCGUUAUCAAGCGCUCACACUCAUCCAUCAUCAAGCGCUCACACUCAUCCAUCAUCGGGCACUGACAUGGAUUACACAUUCCCUAACCCCGAUUAUAACAUGUACAACGAUUCAGUACCUAGAACUGACCCUGCCUAUCAAUCAAACCCCAAUAACGACAUUCCACCGUAUGAGCCGCCGGUGUUCGAUUAUGAGAGUUAUAGAUCGUUUGAUGGCUCAUACAGUCCCAGGCGUCUCGAGCAUCUUUCCGAUUUCGACAACAUGCAAGCACCUAACCCACACCACAUACAAAUUCCUCAACUAUUCGACCACAAUGAAGAGGAACCAUUGGAGCCUCGAGAUGCUCUUGUCCCCGUCGCAACGGGUGAGAUACCGCGCUCACAAGUUAUACACACAACGGGACCCGCGCGAUCGUCCAACAGACGACGACGUACUCGACAAUUACCUGGAACACCACAAUUUACUCACGAGAGCCCUGUUGUUCCUGCAACAACACAGGCUGAUGUCACUGCAACAAUGCACGCAACUCCGAGCCAUGCAGGAGCCUCGGGCGACAACCAUUAUUUCCAGGUUACAGGACCCAUCCGUGAUCAAAUCUUCAAACGCUCCAAAGAACUUGUCGUGGGCAUCGCCCUCACAAAGGACGCGAUGGCCUCGUCUACGGCCGACAAGAAACGUAUUAUCAAGUCUAUCAUUCGAAAGGCGACACCCAAGAUUCCAGGGCUUAAUGGAAUACCGCGCUGGGAGAAUCAAACCAAGGACCUUGCAACAAUCUGGCGAGCGGUAAUUGUCAUGCGCACGGCGGUUACGACCCUCACUCGAGAAGGCGUCGUAAUGGCCUAUGGACUUUUCCCUCCGCAGGGCAGUCCAAUCUCCCCCGAGACCUUCCGCAUGGAUCGUGUGAGACACCUCAUUCGAAACAACGUGUUCAUGCACGAUUACUCAUUUAAUGUGGACGGGACGCUGACAAUUCACUCGAAGUUCAAAAAUCACUUCAUUCUUCACCUUGUCACGCGAAUGGUAUGGAAUAUGCGCUUUCAACUCGACGUUUUGCUCGUCUCGCCACGCAGACAGCUGCACUUCGCAAUGGGACUGGCCGGCGCAAUAACAAAACGUGUGCUGGCGGAACAAGCACACCUGAUACUCACUGCACCUAAGUCGUCCCCAGACGCAGAUGCUUUUACCUUCGAAAUGAUCUGUUCGGGCAUGGAUGAUCUCACUGAUGAGGAGAAAGCUGACUUGGACGGGUGGAAAGACCAUAUGGUCAUUUGUGGGACGUCUCAACAGCGCAGGAAUGAGCUCUCCGAUUUCGACUUGGACUCAAACUCAGACUCGGAUAUCGCGUGA